AAUCAGAAACUGAGUUGGUUCUAAAUUCUUGUCCAGCAAUUACUCAAAAUUGCCCUCUCUUGAAUUCCUUGCAAAAAGAUAUUGAAACGACCGAAGUAAAAAUAUCUCCUGCGCAAAAUACAGAUAGACUAUUAAGCGAAAUUAAUUUGUCAGAGAAUACAGAAGUUGAGAGACCAGUAAUUAUACCACCUAAAAUGAUGGACAAUAAAGUAACUGUUCCUGAAAAAUCACGGGAAAAAAUAAAAGCAGAACGUGAGGCAAAGAAGGCCGCUAAAGCACUUGCCAAAGCGAAGGCUAAAUCUGCUAAGGCAGGAGAUAAAGAUGAUUCGAAUAAUAAGUCUGCAGGUAUUAAAGAUAAAGAAAGUAAUGAGAUUGAUAGUAUUAGGAAUGAACAAAGUAACGAAACGUCAAAGGAUAUAACCAAGGAAAAUAUUGAACCUUCUAAUAAAACGAAUGUAGUUAAUAAACUUACGAAUACAUGUGUAAAAAAUGCAGAGCCAGAGGCUGCGAUAGAAGGAAAAAGCAAAGCGGAAUUGCGCGCCGAAAGAAGGGCGAAACAAGAAGCGCAAAGAGCAGCAAAGCAACAACUUCUAGACAAAAGUAAAGUUAAGAGUAAGGAGGAGGAUGAUAAUAAGCCUGUAACGCAAAUUAUUGUUGAAACUCAUACGGUAAAGAAAGUAACUACGCCUAAAAAAACCGUUCAGAAAGAAAACACCCAUGAAAUAAAUUUGUUUAAACAUUUGUAUCAUGAAAGGGAACAAUCUAAUGUUCAUGUUCCUUUUGUCAAUUCAAACAUACAUCUAGCUAUAGUUAGAUUAGGUGCGCAAUAUGCGAACAAAGUAAUUGUUGGUAGCAAUGCAAGGUGUGUAGCACUUUUGGCUGCUGUUAAACAGCUUAUUCAGGAUUUCGAGCGGCCAUCACAAGCUGAUUUUAUCAGAGGUCUCGAAGCAACUUUGCAGGAAUCUAUAGCUUACUUGCAUCACUGUAGGCCAUUAGCUGUUUCCAUGCAAAAUGCAUUGAAGCACUUGAAGUGGCAAAUGACACAAUUGCCUUCCGCAUUGUCCGAUGCAGAUGCAAAGAAUAAACUAAGUAGCGCAAUAGAUACUUACAUUCUUGAACAAAUACAGCUUGCUGGCAAAGCAAUAUCGUUAACUAUUCAGACAAAAAUAUCCAACGGAGACGUUAUUCUAACUUAUGGCUAUUCAUCAUUGAUAAAUAAAAUACUGUUAGAUGCGCACACCGCAGGCAAACAGUUUCGUGUUAUCGUCGUCGACGGUAGACCAUGGCUGGAAGGGAAAGAACAGCUUAGACGCUUAGUGAAGCACGGAAUUGAAUGUUCUUAUAUUUUGAUUAAUGCUCUAAGUUACGUGAUGCCUGAAGUAAGUAAAGUGUUUCUCGGUGCUCAUGCUAUAUUAGCGAAUGGUGCUGUAAUGUCGAGAGUAGGAACUGCUCAAGUUGCCUUGAUGGCAAGAACCUUCAAUAUUCCAGUGUUAGUAGCCUGCGAGACUCACAAAUCUUGUGAACGGGUGCAAACAGACUCUAUUGUUUAUAAUGAAUUAGGUAAUGCAGAUAAACUUGCACAAGAUUAUCGAAACGGUUCAAAAAAAUCGUUACUCGCAAACUGGAGAACCAGAAAGUCAUUGAACCUUUUAAAUAUUACCUAUGAUGUCACUCCAGCUGAUUUAGUGACGGCUGUUGUCACGGAAUUAGCCAUUUUACCGUGCACUAGCGUUCCUGUGAUUUUACGUAUCAAACCAUCCGAAAUCUAAAUUUUGCUGUACUGAAAUGUAUUCUCGUCAUAUCACAUAGCAUUCGAACGUCAACAUAAACGAAACCAUUGUACUUCUUGUG